AUGAAUAAGAGUGCUGAUGCUGAGUAUGAUUUCUUGGAUUUCUGGGAAGCGAAUCAAAAGUUCUUUGCUAUGAAGCAAGGAACAACGGAAAACCUGAUGCAUUUCAAGGAACGAUUUUUGAGACAGGCUGAAGUCCUGCAAGAUCUAUAUGGCGUGGCCUGGUUCCGAGAUUUUGCAGUCAAGACGAAAGCGUAUGCUGCUAUUGCUAGCACCGAUACUGCUGCUCAAAACAAGUUCAAGGAUGAUAUCUUUGAAGCCGUUCUUGCAACAGGAUUUCUGUGCAACUGCGAUCGAACGAGAAAAGCUCCUCUGAUGCUGGAUCUUCAGAUGAACUAUUGCAGAGAAGUGGAUUACUAUCCAAAGACGGUCAGCAAAGCACAAGAUAAGCAACUUAAUUAA